ACCGGGACAGGGGGAGGCCGGGCCGGGGGCGGGCAGGGCGAGGGCUGCCGGCUGCGAGCAGCAGGAGCACGCCCAGGGCCCGUUCGUGCCCGGCGAGCCGCUGGCACUGGAGGACUGCGUGCCUGGGGCAGGCGUGGCCGCGCUGUGACUGCCCCGGCCCCGGCGAGCACCAUGCUGCCCUCCCGGUUGUGCAUCAUGAGGAAGCUUCCUUCUGUUCUGGCUAGGACACUCACUUCUAGGACCACUGGCUCCCCAGUGCUUCCGGACAUGUUUGAAGGACAUUCACCUAUUCAUGUGAAUAAUGUGCGGAACAAGUUGAGGGAUAUAGUGGGAGCAUCUACCAACUGGAGUGAUCAUGUGCAAGCAAUGCAAGAAAGAAAAGCUCUUCAUACGUUACUGGCAAAACGUCAGGAAGACCUCCCUGCUAGGAGAAUGAAGGAUAGCUACUUGGAAGUUAUUCUACCUCUGGGAAGUCAGCCUGAAAUAAGAGAAAAAUACCUGAACGUACACAACAGUGUGAGGUUUGGAAGGAUACUUGAAGAUCUGGACAGUUUAGGAGUUCUUAUUUGCUACACUCACACCAAGCAGGAAAUGCAGCCAAAGUCUCCCUUAUCCAUAGUCACAGCUCUGGUGGAUAAGAUCAAUUUGUGCAAGAAGAUUAUAUAUCCAGACUGUGACAUCAAAUUCACAGGCAAUGUUUCUUGGGUUGGGAAGACCUCAAUGGAAGUGACAAUGCACAUGCUGCAGCUGCAUGAUGGUGAUUACAGCCCUGUGUUAGAUGCAACCUUUGUCAUGGUGGCCCGGGAUCCAGAGAAUAAACGGCCAGCAUUUGUUAAUCCACUCGUUCCUGAGGGUCCUGAGGAGGAAAAAAUCUUCAAGCAAGGGGAAUUGAACAAGCUGAGGAGGAUUGAUUUCAGCACUGCUUCCUUACUGAAAAUGGCUCCCACUGCAGAAGAAAGAAACAUCGUGCAUGACAUAUUCCUUAAUACUUUGGACACAAAGACAGUAAGUUUCCGGAGUCGUAAAUUACCACCCAAUUCAGUGUGGAUGGAAGAUACAAAGCUAAAAGGCCUGCAGAUCUGCCAUCCUCAGGAACGAAACAUCUUCAAUAGAAUCUUUGGGGGUUUUCUCAUGAGAAAGGCAUUUGAACUGGGAUGGGCAACUGCUUGCAGCUAUGGGGGUUCCAGACCCUUUAUUGUAUCUGUUGAUGAUAUCAUGUUUCAGAAGCCAGUUGAGAUUGGAUCCUUAUUACUGCUUUCUGCACAGGUCUGUUACACAGAAAAAAACUACAUCCAGAUUCGAGUGCACACUGAAGUUUAUGAUGCAAAUACCAGGGAGCACCAUACUACCAAUAUUUUCCAUUUUACAUUUAUAUCAGAAAAUGAGGUCCCACGGGUUGUACCUAAUACAUAUGGAGAAUCCAUGUUGUAUUUGGAUGGGAAGCGACACUUUGAUGCAGUUAUGAAAGAAAUCUGACAGGCACUGGGUGCUGCAUCAGCAGUGUAGCAGCACUGUCUUGGAAAGAGAUGGCUAAAGGACAGGUUCUUUUAAUACUCAA